ACUAUUAAACAACACACAUUCUUUUAUUUUAAUAGUUAAGUUAACUUAAGUACAGAUUUAUAGUAAUAUAAAAAUGACAAGUGAUUUCGGAAACCCCCUUAGAAAAUUCAAGCUUGUCUUUCUGGGUGAACAAAGUGUUGGGAAAACAUCUUUAAUAACGAGGUUUAUGUAUGAUAGCUUCGAUAACACUUAUCAGGCAACUAUUGGAAUAGAUUUCUUGUCAAAAACAAUGUACUUAGAAGAUCGCACGGUACGACUGCAACUUUGGGACACAGCUGGCCAAGAAAGAUUUCGAAGCUUAAUUCCGAGUUAUAUCAGGGAUUCAACUGUUGCGGUUGUUGUUUAUGACAUCACAAACGUCAACUCUUUCCAACAAACUUCAAAAUGGAUUGAUGAUGUUCGAACUGAACGUGGAAGUGAUGUCAUAAUAAUGCUUGUUGGAAACAAAACCGAUUUAUCUGAUAAAAGGCAAGUUUCGAUAGAAGAGGGUGAAAGAAAAGCAAAGGAAUUGAAUGUUAUGUUUAUUGAGACGAGUGCCAAAACUGGGUAUAAUGUGAAGCAGUUGUUCAGAAGGGUGGCUGCUGCACUGCCUGGCAUGGAAAAUUCACCCGACAAAGAGAAGAAUGUCAUGGAUGAAGUAAUACUGGAUAGGAAACCUCAACCUGAACCAACCCAAUCAUCGGAAAGCAUGUGUGGAUGCUGAUCAUAUUAUGACAUCAUCAAUGGUACAAACAAAGCAAGCUUAAUAAUGGACAAGCUGCUCACUGGCGACUAUCAGUGGAAAAUAUUUUUAUAAUAUACUAUUUCUAUGUUUUAUGUAUAACUACUACCGAUUCCACUUUUUUCGCUUACACAUUACAACAUGGAAUGAAACUAACUUAAUAAUCAAGCAGUAUAUUUAUUAAGAUGAGUUGUUGUAUUCGUAGUGUAUGUGUCGUCAUGUACCAGAUUCAUACAAUGUAGACAACUAUAUGGGGCUAAUAUAUAAGAACUGUGGAAAUUUAAUUAACACAUGCUUUCGAACGCAAAUAACAACACAUGGUGCUGCAACAAUGUAAAUUUUGAACAAACUUUGUUUAUUAUCGUUAUAGCAUAUUAUGGUGGCAAUUAACUGUUGCGUAUAACUUUAUCCUGUACGCAUGGAGACUAUACGUGUAUGUGACUUGGCAUGAAUUAAACAUGAAGCAAAGAGCUUCAAUUAUUUAUGCAUCGACCCAAGCAUUUUCUCUAUGAUGUCAUAAUUGUGAAGGUAAAAUUCCCAGUGGCCACUUUAAACUUUGUUCAUCACGUGCAACUGUAUAUUGAAUGUUCGCAGUGAAUGUCAUAUACAUAUGGAAUGUAAAUGGAAA